AUGGGUCUCAAUGGGAGUUCUCGGGACGAGAUGGUGAACGAUGAGUCUUGGGACUAUGAAAACAAAACUGAUGGAGAUUUUAACACUAUUUUGUCUAUUGAUGAAAAAAGAGGAGGUAGAAGUCCUAUUUCAACAGGAACAAAAGAUUUCCAGGAUUGUGUAGAUUUUUGUGGUUUGUUACAAGAUCCUAAAAAUGGGCUAGAUUUUUCUUGUUAUAAUGGGAGAGCUGGCAAAAAGAGGAUUCUCUGCAACCUUGACAGAGCCUUAUAUAACUUAAAAUGGUUGGACAAAUUUAAUGGGUGGCAUUAUAAAGUUGGUAAUAGAGGGAUUUCUGAUCAUAGUCCUCUUCUGGGUUUUGAUGCUAUCAUUCCUAGAGCUCUUAGUCCUCCUUUUAGAUUUCAAAAAAUGUGGUUGAACUACCCAAAUUUCCUGCAAGUAAUCUGGAAUUCUUGGAAUGAAGAAAUUUAUGGUAAUCCCACUUAUGUGUUCAUGAAUAAGCUCAAAAGACUAAAAAAGUUUUUAAAAGUGUGGAAUUGGGAGGUCUUUGGUGAUGUUAAGGAUACUCUUAAAAAAGCAGAAGAAAAGGUAUUGGAGGAAACUCUAAAGUCUGAUAGUGACCCCACUAACAUCAACCUGCUAAAUAACUUGGUUACUGCUAGAGGACUUUGUGAUAUGGCUGCAAAUAAUUAUAAUACUUUUCUUAGGGACAAGGAAAGAAUUAGCUGGAUUCAAGAUGGUGAUGUUAACUCUAAAUUCUUUCAUACAAGCAUCAAGUUAAGACAAGCUCAAAAUGCUAUUUCUGAAAUUGAAGACUCUUCUGGCAAUUUUGUUACUGAUCAACUGGGUAUUUCUAAUGUUCUUAUUAAUUACUUCAGCACCAAAUUUGCUCACCAAAAUGUUAGUAUACAUGAUUCUUUCUUUGAAGCUGCUCCAACUGUCAUAACUGCUGAAGACAAUUCCUUUCUGGAAAAAGUACCAUCUGAAGAAGAUAUAAAAAAUGCAGUUUUUGAUCUAAAUCAGGAUAGUGCUCCAUGGCCUGAUGGGUUUACUGGUAUUUUCUACAGGUUUGCUUGGGAAGUCAUAAAAACUGAUUUAGUAACUGCAGUGCAGUAUUGCUGGGAGAACAACUUUAUUCCUAGUGGGAUGAACUCCAAUUUUCUUGUUCUGAUUCCUAAAGUUCAUGGAGCUAAGAAUGCUAAGCAGUUUAGACCUAUUGGUCUCAGCAAUUUCUGCUUUAAAGUUAUUACUAAGAUUGUUACCAUGAGAAUCAGUAAAUACCUACCAAAAAUAAUUUCUCCUCAGCAAUGUGCCUUCAUCAAAAAUAGGAAUAUCCAUGAACAAUUCUUGCUUGCUUCUGAGCUAGUGAAUGAAUUAUCAGUUAAAAGAAGAGGAGGCAACUUGGGUUUAAAAUUAGAUAUCUCUCAGGCUUAUGAUACUAUGAGCUAG